ACUUCGCUUAUUGGCGGGAUGUGUUAAACCAGCGUUAUCCACGCGCGUAGAAGAAACAGUUUUUCUCAGAACACUUCAGGGAAUAAAACAUCUGGAAUCGGAGAUGAAGACGACAUUUCAAUUAACUUCAAAGACUUAGAAGUUACAAAAAUCUUUCAUCUGUGCCAACACGUUCAUUUACGGUCCAAUGACAACAUCAUUGUGCUUGGUUCAGAUUUAACCCCACUACACUCAUGGCAGCAUGUUUGACUAUUUCUUUCAUCAAAUUGACAAAGAGCUUGGACCUCUUAAUCCUGACUGGUUUGAGGAGUUGACUGCAAAAGCUUCCAGAGAUGAAGGACGUCCUGACAGUUCAAAAGUUGAGGAGGAAGAGACUGUCAAAGUACCAGAGACAUCAGCCCUGACUAGUCAGCUGUUUUCUACACCCAAAAUAUUCAAGCAACUAGGCUUUCAGUCCCCUGCUUCCAUUCCUAAUGAGGAGUCUCCUUAUGAAGUGGCUAAUGGAGACUCGUCAGCUUUUCCCUGGACAGAAUCAAGCCCUUGUUUGUUUGGUUCAGCCAAAGACAGUCAAAGAUUUGAUAGAUCCUCUGAAAAACCUAGAGAUUGCUUUGCAACUUCCAUAUGCGACACCACAGGCCUUCUGGACACACCAAAAAGGUCUUUGGCACGUUCAGCAAAACAGAUAUCUGAGAGUCUUGGGGCACAAAUCAACCCUGACCUAUCCUGGACCAGUUCCUUUAACACACCGUCCUCUUUGACUCCCACUGUGAUAUUGCCCAAAACAGAGGAACGCGCUCCAUCAAGUGGCCUCAAAGACAAGGAAGCAAUUUUUGUGCGCAAACUCUUCCCGUCUCUUUCGAAAGGCUCUGCAAGCAAUGCAACAUUGAGUGAUACAACACUAAAACCAGAAGCCAAAAGUGAGCCUAUUCAGGCUGAUGACCUUGGAGAAAAGCCUGUUUGCUCUCCUAAUACAAGUACAAGUAGUCUGUGGAAGCAGAAGGUUCCCUGCGCUAUAGAGGAUGGGGAUGUCCGCAGCACAGUACAGAAUGUUCUUGAUGGUGCUGAAGAUGCGUUGUCAAUAUUCUUCGGCAACAGCACUUCAACUCUGCGAAGAAUCAAAACCAAAGAGAGGAUCAGAAGGAGAGUAACCGAUUCUUCAAAGGAUGUCAAGUCAGUUGUUCUAACUUCAGAACCAGAAGAGAAAUUAAUGGAUGAUGUAGAAACAAAAAGCCCAAGCAAAAAUAAAGAUCUCAUUCAGUGGACUCCACUGAGUUUAUCAGAAUCCAUUCUUAAUGGAGAAUGUCCGGACUCAUCUUUGAUAAGCAAUCACAACACUGUAGCAUCGAGUGAAACUAAUGGUGAUACUUUUUUCAACUGCAUUGCAGGAAGUAGCCAAACUUUUUCACAGAGUGUUAGACUCAAGUCUUAUCCAGAAGGAGCUCAGUGUCAGAAGUUUUUGUUAGACAAAUCGCCUGCUUUCAUGCUUUCUAGAAAGCCCAGAAAGUUUGUGUAUCAAGUGCCAAGUUCAGAUCUGUCAGAUACAGUAAUUGGACACAAAGAUACUCAAUCAGUAUGCUUGGAUCAAAUGCUCAAAGAAAAUCCCACAGUUGAGGAGAUAUCUAGUAACCUUAAAGAAUCCACAGUCGCCAGUGAAAAUGCAGUCGAUUAUCAUACACAGCCACAAGAUGUCAAAAGGUUAUCUGCAGAAAUCCAUGAUCUUGAUCUUGGACUGGAUAUGACACAGCUUUCCAAGGCAUUUGCAGAGGAUUUCACACAAGAAAUAAUGCCAAAGGCACUGCUUGAUGUGACUGUACAGUGUGAACAAAAUGGCCAAGUGCAAAGUAAAGCAGAACUUGAGCAGAAGAACGAAGUUGGUAGUCACAACGACAUUUCUAAUUUAGCAGACAUAUCUAUGACCUCUCCAAACAAGUCAACAGUCAUGCUUACCACUUUUGAAAUCAGUCACGACAGUGGUUGCCCCACCACCUUUUCUGAUUUGGAUGGUACGACAGCCUUGUGCGCAGACAUCAAAGAGUUUUUUCCUUCUUUUAAAACGGCAAACAACAAGGCCAUUUCCAUACAGGAUGAGGCUAUAAUGAAGGCCAAAGCAUCAUUAGAUGAAGCUGCAGGGGAUGUGUUGAUCAACACGUUAAAUGGAACUGCUCCAAAAUGUUAUCAGACUAUAGAAACAUUGUGCAAAUCAGAUUCAGGAAGCACUAAUGCAAAUAGAUUGCCCACAGGACAGACCAUCUUCUCUCACCAUGCUUCCAGAGUGUGUGUUAGUGAUGCUCCAAAGAGUGACAGUCCAAAGAGCUUUAAAAUUAAUAUUUCAAGCUGCUCUUCACUGCAGUCAAAUGAAUCUGAUUAUAAAACCGGUUCAAAGAGGAAUAUUACAGUUUCAAAUGUUGGCUCUCAAACAGAGACUCUUUUGAAAGAGAAAUUGGGGAGAGGUUCAGACUCAUCAAAGUGCAGUCAUCCAAAUUUGGAUUUCAAGAGAAGUGCUGAAAGACAGACUGUGUUCGAGGUUAGCAGCACACACAAAUCCGCCGCAGUGAACUCCAGCCAUGGUGGGGAUGAGGAGAAUGGCACUUUGACAGCAUCUCAAAAGGCUGAUGUUACAGAAUUGUGCAGUCUUUUGGAGGAAGCAAAUAGUCAACAUGAAUUUACCCAGUUCAAACCGACAAAUCCUGGCUCAGACAACCACACAGAGAAAGAGUGGGAUCCCGAUAUACUCAACGGAAUUGACUUUGAUGAUAGUUUUAACUGUGAUGUUGUGAAAGGAAAGCAUCCCGUCAAGACAGACACUCUUUCAGUAAAUGGUUCUAAUCGCAUUCAAAUUGAAGAUGCUGCCAAAUUACCAUGUGCCAAGUCAAAGAAAACACAAAAUGCCAUGGUGACUUUGUCAGUGUCUGAAGACCGUUCUUUAUUUGAUAUGAAGAGUGUUCAGUCUUAUUCCAGUGAUAAUACUCCAGUCAAUUGUUUUGGUUUUAAAACUGCUAAAGGGACAGCUAUAAGCAUCUCAGAAAAGAGUUUAAACCACGCAAGGCACUUUUUUGAAGAUGACGAUCAGAAAGCCAUAUUUAAUAGGGAAGUCGAGGUGGAUGUUGGAGUAAUAAAGCCAGAGCAUGCUGAAACAGAGCCUUCAGUUAAUACUUCUAACAGCAUGAACACAAAAAAUAAAACCUAUGUUAAGACUAAACAAGAUGGAAAUGUCAGCUGCGGAGAUGUCAGUAGAGCUUGUAAAGAGAUAAAUAUGCAGUUGGCAGGAAAUGAAGGACCAGAGCAGAAUUGUUUAGGUGAAAAAACAGAUGUUGUUUGUGUUGACUCCAAUAGUCAUUUUGGAUUUAGUACAGCUAGUGGAGCAAAGCUGAAAGUGUCUGAAACGGCUCUUUUGGAAGCAAGAAGACUUCUUAAUGAUGUUGACAGCUUAGAGGAGUCACAAACUCACAAACUCGUUUUCAGUGCUUCUGGAAAACAUGAUACCUCUAUGUCAACAACUAGCCUUAAGAAAACAAAAGCAGUUUCUUGGAGUAAUACAUCUAUGAAAAUAAGUCAGCCACAAUUAGUAACUGAAUUUUCUGAUGGUGUUGAUAAUUCUUCCUUCAAUAGUGUGAAGGUCUUUCGAGAACAGAAAUCUAGCAGUGAUCCUAAAGAAGUUCUUGCAAAGAUUUUUUCCUCAGAAACUCUAUCGACUAAGUCAGAGGAAGGCUAUGGCUUUCAGACUGCCAGUGGGAAAGGAGUUUCCAUUUCGGCUGGUGCCCUGAAGAAGGCAAAGGCCAUAUUUAAAGACUGUGAUGAAAAUAUUGACUUGGAAUCUGCAAAAAUGGAGGGAACGAAUGGCAAACUGGAUGUUGAACUCAAACAACCUUCUUCAGUCCAGCAACCCCCUCAGGAAGUAGUAUGUGAGGAGAAAGACCUUCAGAGUGAAUUUUCUAAGCAUCCUUCUGAGUUGCUUCCUCCUAAUGGCAACUGUGCUUUCAGUACUGCUAGUGGUAGGAAAGUGUCCGUCUCAGCUGGAGCACUACAGAGAGCUAAAGAUCUGUUGUCGGGGUCUGUUGAUGCUUUCUCAUGUGCUGAUGGAUCUCCAAAGACAAAGCAGGUGCUUGAUAUCCAAAUGGACACUAGCUCUAUAAGAAAACGCAAAGGAUUCUCUACAGCAGGAGGGAAGGCUGUGGCUAUCUCUGCUGCUGGGCUGCAAAAGGCAAAGAAUCUCUUUGGAGAUUGUGAAGAGGAGAGAUUGUCUUCUAAAGAUCUUCAGCACCAAUGUUUAGGUGAUCUCUCAAAAGAGCCACUGACUAAGGUACAGGAGGCAUUUGCAGGCUGCAGUGAUAUCUCCUUCAGCCAUGAGCAUGAGACUGGGAAUUCUACAGGAAAAAACACUGGAUUCUCUACAGCUGGUGGAAAGAAGGUGACUUUCUCUGCUACUGCCUUGCAAAGGGCAAAGAGUCUUUUUAAAGAUUGUGAAGAGGCUAGCUUUGAUUCUGGGAGUCUUCAGCAUCAAGGCUGUGAAGGUUUAAGCACUGCCAGUGGCAAAGUUAAUAUCUCUGAAAAGGCACUGAGUGAGGUGAGAGCGACAUUUACAGGUUAUGAUGACACUUCCUUGCGUCAUGGACCUGAAAAUUCUUCAGGAAACAACAUAGGAUUCUCUACAGCAGGAGGGAAGAAAGUGGCUGUCUCUAUUACUGCACUUCAAAGGGCCGAGAGUCUUUUUAAAGAUUGUGACGAGGAAAAUGUAUCAUCUAAGGAAGUCUUACCUCAAACUAAGUGUUCUGAAAGCAGUGAGGACAUAGUAGAUGGAAACCUAAAGUUUGAACAAAUAAACAAGAAAAACUAUGGUUUCAGCACUGCGAGUGGUAAAGGUGUGUGUGUAUCAAAAGUUGCCCUUGAGGAAGCUUCUAAAUUAUUCAGAGAUUGUGAUGCUCAAGUUAAUAUUACUGAUAGCCAGCUACUACAGGGUGAUUCCUCAAAAUGCCGUCCUCAACAUAAAGACAGACAAAUCGAAACCACUCUACAUUCUUUGCCAUCUAAAGCAACUCAGAAUGAACCUGCAAAGCUAGACUUGCACUCUUUGAAUUUUAACAGUUGCACAGAUACCCAGCAGAAGUACUUUGAGCAGGAAGCAAUGGCUUGCACUGAAGCUUUACUGGCAGAUGAUGACCUGAAUGAAUCGUCCAGUUUGGCAAUGACAGAGGACAAAAAAAGUCCACCUGUUAAUAAUGUACAGACACAGGGAUCUUUUGCCCAGAACAGAAGAAAGCGUCCAUUUGAUUCCAGAAAUCUAGCAGAUUCAGGUCAGCCUCCUUUGAAAAGACAACUUCUCUCAGAGUUUGAUCAAACAUUAGAUGCAAAGACCACAGGUCUCACUCCACUGAAAACCUGUCCAAACGGAACUCUAAGAGACAGGCGUGUCUUCAGUUAUAAUGUCCACCUCAAGCCGAAUGUCACUGGUCCAGAUUGGCAUCCUGUUGACCAAAAGUCAAAUAACCUAGAGCGACCAUGUUCAACUGUGUCUGUCCAAAACAGACACAACUCUGACCAUACAGAAGGGGUGUUCGUGCCCCCUUUUCAAAAGGGUAUGAAGACUGGGACAUCAAACUGUCAAGAUGUCUCUAAAGUGUCCACUGGUUUUAUACCACCUUUCAAGAAGAAAAACAAAGAAACAACUGAGCCUAGAAAUCAAAUAGACCAAAAUAUUAUUUCUGCAUCACAUAGUGAUAGUGUUGCACAAUACUGUGAUAGGACGAGUCUGCAUGAGGGUUCUAAACCUAAACCAACCAUUUCAGUGGAAAGAAUACCUCUGAAAGUCAUGGAUGCUGAAGAGAAAGACACAGAGGCAUACAGAGAGACCUUGAACCUAGCCAGGGAUAUGCAAGACAUGAGACUCCGAAAGAAGAAAAAACAGUCUAUUCGUCCUUUACCUGGCAGCCUUUACCUUGCUAAGAAUUCUGAUGCCCCCAGGACAGGUCUGAGAGAUGCUGUGGGACGCAAAUGUCCUGGUCAAUACACACAGGAGGAGCUGUAUCAGCAUGGUGUACAUCUCAAUAUCUUACAAAUAACAAGUGAGAAUGCUGAAUCAUUCAGAUUUGACUGUAAUGACUUCUUCAAACGUGAGCUUCUCAUGGAGUCUGGUGGUCUCCAGCUGGCAGAUGGAGGCUGGUUGGUUCCAGACAAUAAGGGUACUGUGGGAAAAGAGGAAUUUUAUAGAGCAUUGUGUGACACCCCUGGUGUUGAUCCCAAAUUGAUCAGUGAAGCCUGGGUAUUCAACCAUUACCGAUGGAUUGUAUGGAAACGGGCCUCCAUGGAAAGAACUUUUCCAGAUUUGAUGGGAAGCCUGUGUUUGACUCCAGAGCAAGUACUUCUGCAGCUCAAAUUCAGAUAUGAUGUGGAGGUGGACCAUAGUAAGAGAUCUGCACUCAGGAGGAUCAUGGAGAGGGAUGACACUCCAGCUAAGACAUUAGUGCUCUGUGUAUGUGGUGUUGCUCAGACUUGUCAAAAUCCCGAAAAGCCAGUGAAAGAUGACAAAACUCCUAAUGCAAAGAUGGAGUCCUGUGUGGUCUGGCUCACAGAUGGCUGGUACCCCAUCAAAGGCUUGUUAGACCCUCCACUCACUGCCAUGCUAAACAAGGGCCGUCUCCGUAUCGGUGAUAAGAUUGUGAGCAGUGGAGCCGAGUUGGUUGGUUCCCAAGAAGCCUGUCCUCCACUGGAAGCUCCUGAAUCUCUGAUGCUAAAGAUUUCAGCCAACAGCACAAGACGAGCUCGAUGGGACACUAAAUUGGGGUACCACCGCGACCCUCGGCCUAUUAGCCUCCCACUAUCAUCACUGUUCACUGCUGGAGGUGUUGUGAGCUGUGUGAACAUUGUGGUGUUGAGAACUUACCCCACUCAGUGGAUGGAGAAGAAGCCCAAUGGUGUCUUUAUAUUUCGCAAUGAUCGUGCAGAAGAUCGAGAGGCCAGAAAACACAGCAACUCCAAGCAAAAAUCCAUGGAUCUUCUUAUUUCCAAAAUACAGACCCAAUUUGAAAAAGAAAUGGAAGGUAAAAAUAAAACUCGAGAACGAAGGAGGACAUUUAGUCGACAUGAGAUUGAAGCUCUGCAGGAUGGGGAAGAGUUGUAUGAGGCAGUUGAGAGGGAUCUUGCUGUUGAGGCCCAUCUAAGUGCGAGACAAAUGGAUGCAGUGCAUAAGUACAGAUGCUGUUUGGAGGAAAAGAGGCAGGCAGAGCUUCAGGAGCGUGUGCAGAAGGUUGUAAUGGAAGCCCAGGCGGCCGAGGGUGGGUGUCCUAAUCGAGAUGUCACUCCUGUUUGGAAGCUCAGUAUUACUGAUGCCAAUGACCUGCAGAGCAACUGUGUUUACACCCUGAAUAUCUGGCGCCCUUCACAAGACUUGUAUGGCUUGCUAAGAGAGGGCCACAGAUAUAGGGCUUAUCACCUCGCCACAUCAGAGGGGAAGAAACGCUCAGGCAUUGCUCACAUUCAACUCACUGCCACCAAGAAAACAUUCUUCCAGGACGUUGAGGUGUCUCCAGAAUGGUUGCAUCAGCAUUUCCGUGCUCGAGAAUGCGCACGCUUCAGAGAACUUCAAGACCCUCAGUUCAGCUCACCUUGUGGGGAGGUGGACAUUGUGGGAUGCAUUGUCUCCAUAGAGGGCAAACAAGGCCAUCCCCCAUUACUGCAUCUUGUGGAUGAGAACUUUGACCUGGUCUCUGUGAGAACCUACAGUAGUCUGGAGCAGUUAGCUCUAGAAGAGCUGGUAAAGCUGCGAGCACUGGUCGCUCUUAGUAAUCUUCAGAUGAGACCGCUCUCUGGGCCUGUGCCAAGCCUUUAUGCAGGAGAACAAGCAGUAUUCUCCGUAAACCCCAAAGAAUCCCAUCUGCAAGAAGCUAUGAUCUGUCUGAAGACUUUUGUUCAGACUUGUGAGCGUUUUUUCAGCAUUGCGGAGGAGAAAGUCUCAGAUGUGGUUCCUUCAGGUGUCGUGGGCUCUUUUCGGUCUCCAAGAACUCCUGGUGUGCAGUCUAAUCCAAAAAUCAAUGGCAGAGUAACCCCACAGCAGAAAAGCAGUGUUUUCUCGCCUUUCACUCCACUGAAUAGGAGCGCUCCUGUACCUGCUAACAGCGAGGGAAAAGAUUCCAAAAGUUUGAAAAGAAGACGCUGUUCAGAUUACCUGUCACGUAUCCCGUCCCCUCCACCCCUCACUCCUCUGAAAUCUACAGCUUCUCCUUACGUUAACAGGACCUUCAAUCCCCCACGGAGAUCUGUGACUCCCAAACCUCCACAGAACGAGUCACCUCGAGCCUCUCGUCCCCCACCGGGAGAGGAGAAGUGGGUGCAUGAUGAAGAGCUGGCGAUGAUAGACACCCAGGGGUUACUGGAAGGCUGAUGGGGAAAAAAAAAACUCUCUCCUGGUGAAACACUAAUGUGAGUUAAAACACAAGAAUGAAUUCCAGCAUUCGAGGCAUUAAGGUCUUUGCGUUCUAGUUGCCUGGUUUACUGUGGUUCUCUGAUGGAAAAUAACAUGAAAGCGAUGCACCUUUUUACAACUACUGUAAUCGUUUUUAAGCUUCUUCCUUGUUAUACGCGAUUGUACUACUGAAGUACGGAAGUAAACAAUGUUCAGGGGAAAAAAACUGUAAAGUAUAUGUAAAAAGUAUAUGUACAAAUGUUUAUAUAUUUUAAUUUUUAUUAAAAGAUGGAAAGUCA